AUCGACUGGCAGGGGCUCAUUUAAGCGGCUGUGUAGCAGAGAGAGAGAGAGAGAGAGAGAGCUUAGAAGAGGCUGAGUGACAUUUUCAGCUCCACACCCAAAUCUCUGGAAAAUUCCAUCAGUUUGCUGCAGAGUUCGUUCACUGGGGCCGAGCAAGGAGGCAGGAAAAUGCCCAGCAGACACCAGCUCCAUGUUGGAUUUUAUCUUUGUCAAUAACCUUGGGGUGUGUGUUAGAAGACUGUGUUGACGGAGGUUUCCUGACCACAGCGUGGAGGUCUGGUCCACUGAAGACACAUCCAUGUGUGAGGAGUCAGAUCUGGAUCAAAGCUGAUCUGUUUCCUGUCGGGGAGCAUCUAUCACUUCCUGCUCGCCUGUCACCCUGGGGAAGGCAACGCUUUUCCGAUCCCCCCGACUCCCCCCUUCCUCUUCAUCGUUAUCACCCUCAUCCUCUGUGUCGGCGUCCCGCUGCGCCCUGACCUCAGGUAUCAGGUGGCGAAGGUUUCGUCUCCCGGGUUCUCCCAUCAUGCACAUAAAGACCACCAAGUGUAACCGCUUCUGCCUGGUCGCCUCGGUGACCAACCAGGAAGUGUUCAACUGUCCCGAGGCACAGACCAGUUUUGAGGCCUUGUUCCGCUCGUUCGACCCGGAGGUCCAGUUCCAGUACUUCAGGUCUUUCCGGAGGGUCAGGAUCAGCUUCAGUGAUGCUCUGGCUGCAGCCGAGGCCAGACUGCGACUGCAUAAGACCGACUUCAACGGCAAAGAGAUGAGACUCUACUUCGCCCAGUCUGUCCAUAUAGGGAGUCCUCGACUGGAGCCCCCCAAACCAGAGAAGCAGUUCCUGAUCUCCCCCCCUGCCUCCCCUCCAGUGGGCUGGGAACAGUCUCAGGACGCCACGCCGGUCAUCAACUACGACCUGCUGUGUGCCAUAUCGAAGCUAGGACCAGGUGACAAGUAUGAGCUCCACACCGCCACGCCCACCACCCCCAGCGUGGUCGUCCACGUUUGCGAGGACGAGCAUGGCGACAGCUCUGCCCCCGACGACAGCGACCAGGAUGACAAGCCCCGCCCCCCGCGACCCAAGAUCAUCCAGACCCGGCGGCCCGACUACAGCCCCGGGGUGAAGCAGUGAGCGGCGGCACGGGGGGACGGCAGCAUAAGGACUGUGACAUUCCAUCCUGAGGUGACACUCUCUGAGCUGCGAGGGUUUGGGGGACAUUGGGAAGGCACCCUGUGGACAAGCGUUUCAUUGGACAGAGACAGAAAACUGACGAAUGCUGCAUUCAUGUCCCAUGGGAAAGACAGGGGAUAUGAGCUUCCUGUUCAGUUAAGCAUCAGAUGACAUGAGAUGUAGCUGAAGGAAAUAUUAGUAUAAUAAUGUAAACUGUUUAUGAUUGUGUUUUGCAUGCAGUGGGCGGAGACUCUGCUGAUGUUUGGUUUGUGGUCAUGACAUGUACCGUGACUGAGUGUGUUUGCGUGAGACGAAGCCGCUCAGCAGCAAAAUAAAGUCUGUACCAGAGCAUGAGAGUGACGUUAUUCCCACAUGACAUGAAUGCAGCAUCAUCCUAAGAAGUCAUGUUUCCUCGUGGAGUUUGGGAAGUGAAGGAGACACCGAAGAAGGAAGUGAUUCAUACCUGUCUCAUACCUGUCCAACUGCUGACCUCUGCCCCGGGUGUUAGACCUGCAGUCUACUCGCCUUCAGAUCCACCUGAGGUGACGUGGGUCUGCUUCACUGCUGUUGGAUGUCUCAGCUUUUUAAUGAUGGAUGAAGCCUCACUCAGUCACAGACAUGAAAACAUUACUCCAGGCUGAGGAGUCUGCUCCUCUGACAGUGUUAUUUGUGGGUUAUUUCAGUUACUGUGCUUUGGUUGUAGUAUAGUAGAGAUGUGUUGCUGUUUGAGCUUCCUGCGGCUUUUAUUUUGAAUGUACUCACAUCAAGCUCUUCAUCACCAUGGUUAAAAAAACAAAAACGGGGCUGACGUUUUUUUAGUCUGCAAAGAAAAUACAAGUGAAGCACUGUGGCUCUGGGCCCCGUGGGCUCUCUGCUGGAGCCCCUGUUGAUAAGAGUGGCUAUGUGUUGACUAUAGUUAAUGUCUUAUUGUGCUCAUACAAGCUGUUUGCAUGUACAAGAGUUAAAAUAUGCACCAAAAGUGUGUGUGUGUGUGUGUGCGUAUGUGUGUGUGUGCGUGCGUGCGUGUGCGUGUGUGUGUUCAGACAGGUGGUUGAAACUGCUCCCUCUAGUGUUACAUCAAAUCACACACCUUGACAAUAUAAUACUGUUACACUCCCUCUUUUCUCUGUUAUUGAAUGUGUUGUAUUCUCAUCUGUUACUUCAUCAGUUUAAAGGAGCUAUUUUUACAUUUUGCUAUUGCUAUGUAGCUAACGUUAGCAUUAGCAUCAAUUGUCACUCCUUUACUCACACCCCCCUUGUUUGCUUCUGUUUCUAUCACUUCUUCUAUUAAAGCUAGCAUGCUAACCAGCUAAAACUGGUCAGCUGCCACGUCUCGUCACUUUCUGAUACCGAGUCACUGUAGCCUCCAAUCUGCCCUUGAAGAAGUAGUUGCGCCACUGGCAUAUUAUAGCCUCUUGUAUUGUAAGUCCAAUGAUGGCUGAAGCUCUUGCUAAGUAAACAGCUGUUGAUGCUAAUGUUAGCCACCAACAAUAGCAAAACUCAGUCUUAUGUCUCACACUGUGUCAACAUUUAAGAAACACCAUCCUCCUGACGUUCAGUUUUAUUUCCUCUCAGACUGAAGCCACUGUUUUAGUGAGUCAACUUUACAUCAUGCUGAAGCCUGAUGCACGUUCAUGUGACUGCCCACAUGUCUACGGCUGUUGCCUAGCAGUAUGUGUUGCUAGGAUACGUUGUUACAAUCUCCGCUGUCUUGCUAAUUUGUAUCAUUUCUGAUUUUGUGUAAAUUAUUUCUAAGUGUUGA